AAAUUUCUAGUUCCAGGAAUAAACAUGUUGCAUAGAGGCCCAAGUAUUUUCAAACUUUUAAAGCCAUCAAGAUUGGGAUUUCAUCUUGGCAGUCAAAAAUUUCAGCUCAGUUCAUCAGGAAUUGUAAUUAACAAAGAUGUCCAGGAAGCAUUGUCUUUUAAUCAACCUGUUGUUGCUCUAGAAUCCACUAUAAUCACUCAUGGUAUGCCAUAUCCUCUCAAUAUAGAAACAGCUAUAGCAGUUGAAAGUCUUAUCAAGAAGGAGGGAGCUUUACCAGCUACAAUAGGAAUUAUAGAGGGAAAAGUUUAUGUUGGCCUUUCACAGGAACAGCUUCAAAUUCUAGCUGAGAAGAAAAUUCCAUGUAUGAAAACAUCACGCAGAGAUUUCCCAUAUGUCAUGGCGAAGGGUAUAAAUGGUGGUACAACUGUCUCAGGAACAAUGCUUGUUGCACAAAAGGCUGGAAUUAAUCUUUUUGUCACUGGAGGCAUUGGAGGAGUUCAUAGAGGAGCUGAAAGUUCAUUUGACAUCUCAGCAGAUCUAACUGAACUUGGCAGGACACCAGUAACAGUUGUCUCAGCAGGAGUGAAAAGUAUCUUGGAUGUAGGAAGAACUUUAGAGUAUUUAGAAACACAAGGUGUCUGUGUAACUGUUUUGGGACCAAAUACAACUUUUCCUGAUUUUUUCACUCGCGACAGUGGAUAUGAAGCCCCUUCUCAUGUUGACACACCAUUUUUAGCUGCACUAAUGAUGAAGAAAUGGAGAGACCUUGACUUGAAAUCAGGGAUGCUGAUUGCUGUACCUAUUCCCCAAGAGCAUGAAGCAGAAGGCCAAGUGGUCAAUGAUGCUAUAGCUCCAUGCCAGUUGACACUUUGAGGCAGGUUGGAUCAAAAUCAGCAUCAAGCAUAGGACGACCUGUACGUUUUUAUGGUGAUGGUUAAAAUUUAUGUAUUAUGUAAAAUGAACAUGUGCGAGCAGUAUAAUGAUGGGUUGACAGCCCAGUAGAUGGGCAGGUAUUACAAGUAUAUAUAUGUAUAUUCUUGUACAGCAUUAAGCUGGUGAAAGUGAUUGGUGUAUCUGUCAAGAAAUUAGAAGUAAAAAAUAACAUGCUUACUAAUAUAUUUUUCCUCCUCGGUUUCUUCCUCAUUCAUUUCUCUUUCUCCUCAUAGUCUUCAUCUUCCCUUUUGUCUCAUUUAUGUCAGUCUAUGUUGAUGGCCCAUCCCCUUCUACCUCGAAUGUAUCUUUAGUGGCGCCUGCUGCGUCCUCUGAAGGGCCGCCUUAUGAACUAAGCAAAAUGUACUGAAAGUAUAUUUGAAAUGAGAUGGUAUGAUGGCUUGCAAGGCAGUAGUUAGUGAGUCAGUUGUGUCAGGCCUUGCUGAUUCACUCCUCUGCUUUCCUUUUGAGAUGCUUUUCUAGCUGUUUACCAUUCCUACCUGUCACUAGUAUGUCUGGUCUCUCAGCCACAUCUUGGUUCGUGAGGUUUUAUGCAACAAAUAUGUGUCCUCUGUACCACCUCCCCUUACACUUUGUCUGUUGCUUUGCUUGAAGAGUCAGGAUCUGCCACCCUGGCUCCUUUGUCAGCUCUUGCAGAGGCAGUGUUUGAGGUGGAAGAGUCAUUGGUUUUUAGGCAUCUCAGAGACAGGUAUACUUCUCUUUACUCUUGUUCUUAUUUGUUUGAGGAUUUUGAGGCAAUAGAGACUCAUUCUUUGUUGUCCUGCAGCACUUCGUUGCCAAGUAAGAUGAAGAAAAGGUUGAAUCUUUCUACCUUAGUUGAAGCGCACUUUGAGGAAAUUUGUUGUGUUCUGACACAUAAGGCCUCCUUCAAGAAUGCUUUUAUAUUUCUACCUCCCUUAAUGUGGUCAUGUAGAACUGCAUCAUAUGAUACUGGUUCUAUGCUGGUUCUGAAGCUAUUUCCAUUUUUAUGAGUCAUUGAGGUGCUAUUAUUUGUUGAACUCUCACUUAGUACUAUUGCUUGAUCCGUACUGCAGCUUGAAGAUUUUAUUGUGCCAGAAGUAUUCUUUAUUAUGGAAAAGUCAUUAGAGUUCUUGGGUUGCCUUGACAGGACAAUUUUUGAUGCUUCUGGAGAAGUGUCACACUGAUUUGCGCAUGCUAUGGUCAAAGAGAUGCAUCGAUCAGCUAUGCUUAUAUCUAACUCUUAAGGUGUUAACUUUUCAGAAGUUGGUGGCUAUUUUCAAUCCAUCACAUGAGCACCUGUUCAAUUCUUCCUUUUUCAAGGUGUGUGCAGUCAGGAAAAUAAAGAAUUUUUGAAACAGCCCUGGAAGUCAUCCAUGAAGAACCAGCUCCUGACCCUGUUGAUUAUCCUCUAUCGAAGGUUCCGUGGAAGCCCUCCAGUGUGUCUUCAUUCUUUCCCUCUAGGCCCUUUCGAGGAUCUAUGUUUGGAUACCAUAAGGAUAAUAAUUCUCACAAGACUAGAAAGAUUUAAGUAUCACAGCCCUCAGAUUCCAGUAGGAGGCCAUCUGCAGGAUUUUUGGAGUGUCUAGCAAGACUUAAGUGAUAUAUGGUAGGGUGUCUUAAUGAUACACCCUGUAAAGUGGCAUUGCUUUAUUGAGUAACACUUUUGCUGAGGUAGGCACGAGUCGGUCCAUGGUGUAUACAACUUGGGAAUCAAAACAAUGGAUUUGUACAUCUGAACAAAAGUCAUCAUAUUGAAACAUCCCCCUUUUCAUAAAAAGGAAAAUUACAAUACAUUUUUCUUAUGCAACACAACUGAUUCAUUUUGGGAAAACAUGCUUUCAAAAUCUGAAACAAAUGUGACACUGACAUAAUUCAUAACUGAAUAUACUGCAUCACUGAAAACAUCAAUACAUGAUCAUUUUGUAUACAAUACUUCAAUUCCAACUCGGAUGUCUUCUCGGUAGUAUGUGGGCUUGACAAUGUUUUGUUUGGGUCUUUUACUUGGGACAGAGGCUACGGGAUGCCUAACAGGUGAUGAUAGCAUCUCUAGUUCUAUUUCAGGUAGAUGAUGUAUAAUGUUCUUAUUCUUCAAAACUGGCAGAUUUAGGAUGUGCAUUGUUAUUUUCUUGUUCUUAUUUCACUACCAUUUGGGGUAAUUAAGGGUUCAGGAUUUUUCAUCUUGAUUGUAGCAGGAAACCAAUUCUUGCCAUCUUGUACAAGAACCUUUAUGCCAGGUAAUAACUCACUCAGCUCUGAAUGUGUAUGAAGAUCAUAAUUGCUUUUAGAAUUGUUGCUGGUCUCCUGUUGCUUGAAGUGAUGAUCCAUGAGAUCAAGGGUUGCUUCCACUUUAACAGGAAGGCUAUUCGAUAUCUUCCUCAUGAAUAAGAGUUUGGCCGGACUUUUCAUUCCAUCAGAAGAGGCUUUUCUCAAUAUAUUUUUCACUACACCUACCAUCCUCUCAAUAAAUCCGUUUGACUAGCAUGCCUUGGACUACUGGUGAUAUGAAUAAUAUCCCAUUCGUCAAUAAAUCUCUUGAAUUCAGCAGAUGAAUAUUGGGGUCCAUUGUCAGAGUACAGGAUCUGGCUUGAGCCAUGAAUACUGAAAAGUUCUUCCAGAAAAUUUAUGACAGCUCUCAACGUGGUAUCUCGGCCUAGCUUCUUAAUAAAAGGCAUUUUACUGAAAUUGUCAGCUACAAUGAUAAAAUUCUGGUUAUCCCAUUCAUAAAGAUCUGUGGAA